AUGGCACAUCAUUUCUUAUUUAAAUGCUCUUUAAACCAAGAUCAAUGUGACUAUUUAGUCUUCAGAAAUAUAACAGUAGGACAGAAUAUUGUGUUUUUAAAAGGUAAUCCUGGUGGUAAAUGGCCUGAAAAAGUCAUUCGGAAUUGGUAUAGUGUAAUUGGUUCGGAUAUGAAAACUUUUACACAAUUUAAAAAAUCUAAUCCACAAAAAAUUCGACAUUUCACACAAAUUAUUUAUCCCCAAACAGAAUUUAUUGGUUGUGCUGCUGCAGUUAUGUUUGACGGAAUUUUAGCUGUUUGCUAUUAUCAUCCGGCCUUACAACAUAAAGAUUGGACAGCAUUUAAAAGAGGUCCGCCAUGUUCCGAUUGUACGGAAAUAAGAUCAACGUGCUCAUUUCUGUUUGAUUCACUUUGCGGAGUUGACUCUCACUCUGACUCUGGUUUUGACUCUGUCUCAGACUCAGAUUCUGUUUCUGAUUCUAAUUCUGAUUCUGAUUCUGACUCUGAAUCUGACUCUGACUUUGACUUUGACUCUGACUCUGACGUUGAUUCUGACCCUGAUCCUGACUUUGACUCUGACUGGCCUCGGCUAUGUGACUGA